AUGAGUUCUCUCAAUGGUUGGCACAAAGGUGAAUGUACCAUUCAGGAGAAACUCGGAUUCCAUGGAGCCGUAUCCCAGUCUUGGACUCAAAUCGAAGGAGAACUUCCUGAGCAACACCGAAAUUUCUACUCCACAUGUCUCCCAUUUAUUCCUAUCACUACUCUUGAUUCUACGGGUCGUCCUUGGUCUUCAAUACUUGCAGGUCCAGAAGGAGAGACUGGGUGGGCUUCCAGCGAGACGUACGACCAAUUGUCUAUGCGGGCGAAGGUCUGGGAUGGUGAUCCGCUGAAGGCGAAUGCGGACUAUCAUGCUGAUACUACAGAUGCAUCUCAGAGGAAGAUGCUAAUUGCUGGUAUUGGUGUACAGUUCUCAACUAGGCGCAGGAACAAGUUCGCAGGUUCGGUCAAGACUAUUGAAACGCAAUCGGGUUUAUUAGAUAUCUGCACGUCUGUUAACGAAGCUAUUGGAAAUUGCCCGAAAUACAUCACGAUCCGCGAUCUUGUUCCAUUUCCACACACAAAACCUCGAGUCACCUAUCAAGAAAUUAACCUUACCCCGACUGGCCGCCUUUCUUCAGAUCUCAUCGCAUUCAUUCAUUCAUCCGACACCGUAUUCCUAGGCUCAUCAUACUCGGCCUCUGAAAGAGAUGCACCGAGGUUUCCAUCUCACCUCGGCAUGAAUCAUCGCGGGGGGAGGCCUGGGUUUGUUCGUGUACGCAACGAUGGGCAUACUCUCGUUUUGCCAGAUUACUCAGGCAAUCGAUUGAUGACAUCCCUCGGAAAUGUAGAAGCCACACCUCUUGCUUCUUUGACAUUCCCAUCAUUCAUCAACGGAUCACUCUUAUAUGUUACCGGAAUUGCCCAUAACCUUGUUGGCGCUCCUGCUCAAGUAAUCAUGCCUUCGCAGAAUGUCCUCACCACGAUUGAAAUAACAGGUUAUAUUUUUAUCGAGGACGCAUUGCCUGUCCGUCAACGUGAAGGAACAGAGCCGCAGAGGAGUCCGUAUGCCCCCCCUGUGAAGCUGCUCAAAGAAGAACAAGCUUCUUCGACAUACUUCAGCACCGAAGACACCAUACACGCGACGCUUUACCGCAUCAAGCUUCAUUCUUCCGAUCUCGCCACAUUCACGUUUGAAUCUCCUCACAAGCUUAACGUUAUCCCAGGCCAAGCUGCCAUCCUUAAUUUCACCUCGUUCCUCGGUGCAUCGCCAUACAAGCACAUGGCACCCGAGAAUCCAAAUUUAGUGAAUGACGAUCGUAUAAGGACAUGGACUAUUUCGUGGUGCAGCUCAUGGACUUCGGUUGCGGAUGGGGUGGGCACGACAUUCUCCUUGACAAUGCGUCUGAAGCCUGGUGGUGCUGUUACUGGGGCACUAUUCAACAUUGCCAACAAACUCUCAGCGGUCCGCCCUGAGUUGCUUGAGGACUCACGUCCGCUUGGACUGAACGUUACACUGGUCGGAAUAGCAGGUGGCUUCGUCCUCGAGCCCACAGACCCUCACGAGGACACUAAAAUUGCGGUUUCACGCGAGGAAGAACAAAUGUCUGUCCAAAAAAAUGCAUCAAGGAAACUCCUUUGGAUAGCCGGCGGGAUUGGAAUAACACCUUUCCUCGCUAUGCUCUCUGGAAUUCCCUUAUACUCCGCCGAAUAUGAAAUCACCCUUUUAUUGUCGACGCGCGAGCCAGAUGUGAUGCUCUCUCUUCUUUCUCAUGCCAUCGAAGUCGCUGCCCACGAAGUCAAACUAGUCGUUCAUGUCUUCUCGUCCAUUAAACAAUUCAAGAAUUCCUUACCUUCUUCGGUAUCGCUUCAUUGUCAUUAUGGACGGAUCACUUCCUCGUUUGUCUCCGGCUUCAAAGCUGAAUGUGUGUAUGUUUGCGGCCCAGAAAUAUUCGAGCGAGAGGUCACCCAGGGUGUAGUUGGGAAGGUGAGAAGGGAGGGAUUUUCUUACUGA